AUGGAGCGAAGAGCCUGGACUCUGCAGUGUACUGCUUUCGCUCUCUUUUGCGCUUGGUAUGCAUUGAACAGUGUAAAAGCUAAGAGGCAGUUUGUGAAUGAAUGGGCAGCGGAGAUCCCCGGGGGACCGGAGGCAGCUUCAGCCAUAGCCGAGGAGCUGGGCUAUCACCUUUUGGGUCAGAUUGGAUCACUUGAAAAUCACUACUUAUUCAAACAUAAAAACCAUCCCCGAAGGUCUCGAAGGAGUGCUUUUCAUAUUACUAAGAGAUUAUCUGAUGAUGAUCGUGUGUUAUGGGCUGAACAACAAUAUGAAAAAGAGAGAACUAAGCGUUCAGUUCUAAGAGACUCAGCACUAAAUCUCUUCAAUGAUCCAAUGUGGAAUCAGCAGUGGUACUUGCAAGAUACUAGGAUGACUGCAGCCCUGCCCAAGCUGGAUCUCCAUGUAAUACCUGUUUGGCAAAAAGGCAUCACAGGCAAAGGAGUUGUUAUCACAGUACUGGAUGAUGGUUUGGAGUGGAAUCACACAGACAUCUAUGCCAAUUAUGAUCCAGAGGCUAGUUAUGAUUUUAACGAUAAUGACCAUGAUCCAUUUCCCCGUUAUGAUCCCACAAAUGAGAACAAACAUGGGACCAGAUGUGCAGGAGAAAUUGCCAUGCAAGCAAAUAAUCACAAGUGUGGGGUCGGAGUUGCAUACAAUUCCAAAGUCGGAGGCAUAAGAAUGCUGGAUGGCAUUGUGACUGACGCUAUUGAAGCCAGUUCAAUUGGAUUCAAUCCCGGACAUGUGGAUAUUUACAGUGCCAGUUGGGGCCCUAAUGAUGAUGGGAAAACUGUGGAAGGGCCUGGCCGACUAGCCCAGAAGGCUUUUGAAUUUGGUGUUAAGCAGGGAAGACAAGGAAAGGGCUCCAUCUUCGUCUGGGCUUCUGGGAACGGGGGACGUCAGGGAGAUAACUGUGAUUGUGAUGGCUACACAGACAGCAUCUACACCAUCUCCAUCAGCAGCGCCUCCCAGCAAGGCCUGUCUCCCUGGUAUGCUGAGAAGUGCUCCUCCACCCUGGCCACCUCAUACAGCAGUGGCGAUUACACCGACCAGCGAAUCACCAGUGCCGACCUGCACAAUGACUGCACAGAGACCCACACGGGCACCUCAGCCUCAGCACCCCUGGCUGCUGGCAUCUUCGCUCUGGCGCUGGAAGCCAAUCCAAAUCUUACAUGGCGAGACAUGCAGCACUUGGUUGUCUGGACCUCUGAGUAUGACCCACUGGCCAAUAACCCUGGAUGGAAAAAGAAUGGAGCAGGCCUGAUGGUGAAUAGUCGAUUUGGAUUUGGGUUGCUAAAUGCCAAAGCUCUGGUGGAUUUAGCUGAUCCCAGGACCUGGACCAGUGUGCCUGAGAAGAAAGAGUGUGUUGUAAAGGACAAUGAAUUUGAGCCCAGAGCCCUGAAAGGUAAUGGAGAAGUUAUCAUUGAAAUUCCAACAAGAGCUUGUGAAGAACAAGAAAAUGCCAUCAAGUCCCUGGAACAUGUGCAAUUUGAAGCAACUAUUGAAUAUUCCCGAAGAGGAGACCUUCAUGUUACACUCACUUCUGCUGCUGGCACCAGCACUGUACUGUUGGCUGAAAGAGAACGGGAUACAUCUCCUAAUGGUUUUAAGAAUUGGGACUUCAUGUCUGUUCACACAUGGGGAGAGAAUCCCAUAGGCACCUGGACCUUGCGAAUUACGGAUAUGUCUGGAAGAAUGCAAAAUGAAGGAAGAAUUGUCAACUGGAAGUUGAUUUUUCAUGGGACCUCUUCUCAGCCAGAACACAUGAAACAGCCUCGUGUGUACACAUCCUACAACACCGUUCAGAAUGACAGAAGAGGGGUGGAGAAGAUGGUGGAUCCGGGGGAGGAGCAGCCCACACAAGAGAACCCGAAAAAGGACCCCCUCGUGUCAAAAAGCCCUAGUGGCGACAGUACAGGGGACAGGAGGAAUGAGCUGGCAGAGGCAGCCCCAUCCGAGGCGAUGCUGAGACUCCUUCAAAGUGCUUUCAACAAAAACUCACCCCCAAAGCAAUCACCAAAGAAGCCUCCAAGUGCAAAGCUCAACAUCCCUUAUGAAACUUUCUAUGAAGCCCUGGAAAAGUUGAACAAGCCUUCCCAGCUUAAAGAGUCCGAGGACAGUCUAUAUAACGACUAUGUUGAUGUUUUCUAUAACACGAAACCUUAUAAGCACAGAGAUGACCGGCUGUUGCAAGCUCUGGUGGACAUUCUGAGGGAAGAAAAUUAA